CAACGCCCUCCUUCCGUCAGAGCUAAGGUCAGGGCUGACCCAGCAUGCGACAGGCGGCAAGGAGUAUCAAUGAAAAUGACCUUUGAUUUUGUCGGAGCAAAUAAUAAUAACAACAACGACAUCGGAAGGAACUACUAAUACACUGAUCGUGAUCUUGUCUUCAUCUGACACACGUGCGGCUGGUUAUUGUGUCCUGUAGGAGAUGAGUACUCUCCUUCACUCAAUCACUUCAACUUCCAUGCCUACUACAGUGUCCAUAAACACUCAUUAAAUGGCGAUGUACAUUUCCAGAAGGUUUAGACGGACCAGCAUUGUGUUCAUGACAAUUCUUGGAGUUGUGUCUGUCGUUUAUUUAAUGUUACCCUUCCACAACUUGCCAGACAUUUCUACUUUGGAAAAAACGGGGUGGACAUUUGCUUUGCAUGGAGAAUGUCAGACAAACGAGCCUUGUGGACUGUACCAUGGUGGGGGCGUGUUUGUGAUAUGGAAAGUGACUGGGGAAGAAGAAGGUACACCUGCAAAAAGAAAAUACAAAUGGGAAACUGGCUUGUUUGCUUUGAUGAUAACCUUGUUCCUCAGAACAACUGUUUAGUGUACUCAUUUGGCAUUGACUAUGACUUUAGAUUUGACGACGCCAUGGCAGCCAGAGGAUGCACCGUCUACUCCUUUGAUCCCAGCAUGCUGGACACUGCUGACCACAAGCGUGGGGACCGUGUUUUCUUCAAGAGAAUUGGCAUCAGCGAUAAGGACGACGACCAUUUUGUACCCAGAGUUGAUGAGUAUGUUCAAAAGCGCCCGGCGGUCAACGGUUGGCCGAUGAGACGUCUGCAAACAAUCCUUGACCUCCUGGGUCACAGAAAGGAGCAGCUGACCGUGCUUAGGAUGGACAUUGAAGGCUAUGAGUGGGACGUCACUCGUGAUCUUCUUGACUCUGGGAUCUUGUCGUCCGUCCCGCAGUUUCUGGUGGAGUGGCACCUGUUUACGGACUUUCCGCCUCGAGAACGAGUCCCUGAUGCCGUUGAUACGUACUUCCGGCUGCGUGACAUGGGCUUCCAGUCAUUCGACAUCCGCAGCCUCUACCGCGGAUCACCGACCUCCAUGAUAAUGCAGGCAAAGGUUUCCUACCUUAACACGAAACGAAACUGACCUGUCCCUCUAUUUUGUUUGCUUUUAUUUAGCUCAGUCAACUCAGAUUUAAACUCUUACUAUGUCCUCUUUAAUUGAAACAAGCGUUAUAAUAAUAUCAAACUCUAUUAUUAGUAGUUCUACCUUCCCUCACACGGGGGUAGUUGACAAAGUUAGACAUGAAAGGCAAUGAAUUGGAAGUAACUAUUGUUUUUUUUUGUCCCUCCUAAGAUUCGUUAUGGGUAUCAUUUGUUUACAGAUUUUCCACUUGGUAAUACAGUUUUGUGGAAAACGU